AUGGCAAUGGCUUAUUCCUUCUCGUGGCUGUUGAAUCGAAAGGAGGCGGAGGAGGAGGAGGCGGUGGUGGAGGAGGAGGUGGUCGUGGAGGUGGAGGAGGAGGCGGAGGUGGACGAGGAGGUGGAGGUGGAGGAGGCGGAAGAGGUGGUGGAGGAGGAGGAAGAGGAGGUGGAGGUCGUGGAGGCGGAGGUGGAGGCCGAGGAUGGGGUGGAGGAGGUGGCAGAGGUGGUGGUGACAGUUCGUCCUACUACGGUGGUGGAGGUGGAGGCGGAUUCGGGCUGGGUCUUUUCCGAGGAGGUUUAUUCAACCGAGGCUACCAAAAUUACGGAGGAGGACAAUGCCAAAGUGAGUGACAAUUUGCUGCUG